CGGAGGAGAAAAUAGAAGAUACCAACACAACAGAUUAGAUAUUAAGUACAGAGAACGCAAAGGUGUCCGAGAUCCAGUCAAUAACGCGUUGGAUGACCGUUACAAUCACGUAAAGUUUCGGUAUUUAAAAAUUGUGCGUACUGCAGUACACGAAAUUAGCAAAACCGUUUUGCGGUCCGUUUAGUCAUAGUUUAUUCGGCGCCAGUGCAUACGCCCCGCUUAUAUGUGUUUAUCUUGUAGUAAUUGGGUUUCCAGCAUCUUUAACAGCCUGCACUUGACGCAGGGUGCAUUAGAAUACUAUUUUCCUAUAUACAUGCUUUUUUGGCUAAGUGCAUAAUUUCUAUUUAAAUCCGCACUUGUGUCUUUCACAGGCGUGUCGCGAUACGCCGUAUUUCUGGGAAAAAACUACGCGGCUCUUAGUCGUCGCGGUUAUCAUGAUUGAACUGAGGAUGCCAGCUGCAAUUAUCGCUGUUGUCAUGUGAAAUAUUCCUUCCAAUGGCUAAUAAGAUGCGGUAAACUCGUCUGUGCUUCGUGCUCCUUAAAUAAAAACUUUUGCGGAGCCACCCAAGAGAAGCAUUGCUUGAAUCAAAAAGAGUUACGACUGUCUCCCCAUGACAUGGUACUGUGAGUGAACUUAUACCGAAUGAUCUUGAUACUACAGAGACAGAGUUUGCUUUUGAAUUUAUCACCUGCUGAAAUCACCAGCCAUUAUGUUUCUGUUCGACUACUUCAAGAAGCUCUUCGGUUAUGCUGAUGAAAUUAGCCGGAAAAGAAAGAUACCCGAUUCGCCAAGUUCGAGCGAAAUAUUUAUUCCAGUUAAAAAGCAGUGUCGUGAUCUCGAAAUGGGUAAUCUUAAAACUAAACUCAGAGACUAUCGAUAUAGUAUCGAGGAUGACGACAGUAUAAAAAUAUCAACAAAAUCACUUUAUCAAGCAAAAUAUACCAAAAACUUAUCAAACGGAAUCAACAGCGAAAAUUGCGAAGGCUUCAGUUCUGCAAAAUUGGGGAGCACCAUGAAGCCAUCCAAGAAAGGUGCUCACACUCCCCGUUCCUCAAAAUGUGAUGGUUCUGGGUUUGACUGGCCUGCAAAGAAUAGCAAUCUAAAUGUUAACAAAUCUACAGACAGUGGGAUGUCUACUUUGGCAAAGACAUCUUUGUUACGAGAGAAAAUGCAGUAUGGGGAAAUACUGCAGAAUUAUAUUCCAGCCAGGAUACAGGAAAUCAAUGCAAUUAAAUUUACCAAGGCAAAAGGAUGUGCAAAAGGUCCUACAGAAUUACUCCAUUCAGAGAAAUACAAGCCUUGCCAAAGGGAGCCUUUAGGCAAAUCAACCAAUAUUCUUUUUCCUACUUCAAGUUCUUCGUGGUAUCGGCACACUGAUUUCACGGAUAGAAAUACCGUCCCAGAAAUAAAGAUUGGCGAACAUGAUCCAAAUCGUAGAAAAUCCACACCAGUGGGUGAUGUCACCAGACAUGAAACUUCUCUUCCUCUUCGUAAUUCAAAUGUUGCGCGACAGUCCUUUGGUCAUAAAAACACCACUGCGAACUCGCUGCGAGACCUACUUGCGUCGAAAGCAGUUCUUAAAAACGAUUAUAUCUCAGAAGUUUCUAAACGUUAUGAUGCACGCAUUGAAGAAUGUCAGAAGCAGGCGGAAGAGCUGAAGAGAGAGAAAGACCUUCUUGCCAAACAUAACCGACUGACCAGAGAAGCCGUACUUGAAGAACAGUUUCACCGUUCAUUGAGGCUAUGCGAACCAGUUCUCGACGAUACAGAAGAACCGGAGGAUGAACCACUUCCAAGUCUUACGAAUGAAAUGCUCCAAGAAAUCAAGCAUGCUCUCAUCCCUCACCCGCCAAAUCAGGUUCUGGUCGAAGGCUUUGGACUUCAGAUUACGAGGAAAGACAUUCACACUUUAUCUGGCUUGAACUGGCUGAACGACGAAGUAAUUAACUUUUACAUGAAUUUAUUGAUCGUUCGGGGAAACAGUGGCGGGAAUUUUCCAAAAGUUCACGCGUUGAAUACAUUUUUCUACCCAAAAUUACUUUCCGGGGGUCACUCGUCGCUGAAACGUUGGACGAGGAAGGUCGACAUAUUUUCAAAAGAAAUGCUCGUCGUCCCCAUACAUCUCGGAAUGCAUUGGUGCAUGUCAAUCGUCGAUUUUAGGGACAAAACUAUUCGUUACUUUGACAGUAUGGGCGGAAGUAAUCCUAAGUGCCUCAAUGCUUUGAAACAGUAUCUCCAAGACGAGAGUUUGGACAAAAAGAAGCAGCCUUACGACAUGACGGGCUGGAAAUUAGAAAAUGUCAAAGAUAUACCACAGCAGAUGAAUGGUAGCGAUUGUGGAGUAUUUUCAUGCAUGUUUGCCGAGUACUUGUGUGCCAACAAGAGACUGACUUUCAGUCAGGAGGAUAUGCCGUAUUUCCGCAACAAAAUGGUAUACGAAAUACUUAAAUCUAAACUUUUAUAACUAAAGUAUCUAUUUUGAGGAACUGCUGUGAACUGAAAAAACUCCCGAAUCUGCGAUACUAAGGUGAAUAAAUGAAGGAUGAAUUGUUUCCGCGUGUUUUUAUCCAUAAACUUUUACUGUAAUGGAGACUGGGUAAAUGUAUUACGUGGCAAGAUAUUCUCAAUCACCUCAACGUGCUGAAUACAGUUUAUUCUGAAAAUUUACGGACAGUGAAGCUUAGAUUAGGGAUCUGUUAAUUGACAAUGUUAAUCAUUGCGUAACAAUGUGAUGAAUGUGAGAACUUCAACACUGUCUGGUACUCUACCGACUACGAAAACCUGGUGAUUAAUAAAGUUGCUUUCAAUUGUAAUGCUAA